GUCUCGUAGGUGGCGGUAAUGCAACAAAUUGGAUGCCAACCGCCGUUAAACCUCAUAAAAACCUCGGAAAAACCUUUGUUUAUUAUUUUCAAGAUGGCGGCGGGAAUGUAUUUAGAACAUUACCUUGACAGUAUAGAAAAUCUGCCUUUUGAGCUACAGAGGAAUUUCACUCUUAUGAGAGACCUGGACACACGGACAGAGGGUGAGAGACUCACACAGAUCUGAUAUCAUGAUUGUUGCUGCUAUCAUAACAGAUCUGAAAGGGCAGAUAGACUCUUUGGCUCGUGAGUACACGUCAAACACACACACCCUCUCCUCUGAGCAGAAGCUCUCCCUGCUCCGGCAGAUCCAGCAGUCAUAUGGCAAGUGUAAAGAGUUUGGAGAUGAUAAGGUCCAACUGGCCAUGCAGACCUAUGAGAUGGUUGACAAACACAUUCGCAGGCUGGACACAGACCUGGCCCGCUUCGAGGCAGACCUGAAGGAGAAAAAGAUUGAGAGCACAGACUAUGACUCAACCUCCAGUAAGGGAAUCAAGAGUGAGCUCAGAGGGCCAAAAGAGAAGAAGGUGGCUCGCACAAGGUUAAAGGUGAAGUCAGACGACGACUGCAGCCCCAAAAGCGGACAGAAGAAAGUCAAACUAACACAAGCGCCUGAGUUCACAGCCCCUACAGUGAACUUUGGGAACGUCCACCCCUCGGACGUGCUGGACAUGCCCGUGGACCCCAACGAGCCCACCUACUGCCUGUGUCACCAAGUGUCCUAUGGAGAGAUGAUUGGCUGUGACAACACAGACUGCUCCAUUGAGUGGUUCCACUUCGCCUGCGUGGGGCUGACAACAAAACCCAGAGGAAAAUGGUACUGUCCAAGGUGUACUCAGGAGAGGAAGAAAAAAUGAACCCAGAGACAAUCAUAACCAACAAUCAUAACGCUAGAGUUUACAAAUGAGGGUUCAGUGUUUGUAUUGGAACAUGGGGAAACCCUCCAUAAACACUAACAUGGACCCAGCAGGGUCAUGUUUAAUAGGUCACACCGUCGCAAAUUGUCAAAACCAAAAUGAGCAUUUCCUAUUGGACAAGUCCAGAGUAGCCCUUCCCUGUAUCAGUCCAUAUUCUUCAGUUCAGUGUCUAAUGAACACGACCCCCCCCCCCCCCCCCCCCACAGUAUUAGGGUCCUGCUGGUCUGCCAUCCUGUAUAAUUCUCGUUGUUAAACAGAAAGAAGCAAUGAUGGACAUUUGACAGACGUUCCCCAAUCAUGACUAUUAUGUUGCGUUUUAUUUUUGACGGUUGCUUUAAUGCCUUUAUAUGCAGAGUAAUACAGGGACGUAUACCCUUAUUUUACAGCCGGUGGUUCUAUAUGGCUCUCAGCCACUCGGUUGCUUCAUGACAGACUAACAGCGACUCCUACUUGAUGCUUUUAUACUGAACACUAUUCAGCCCUGAUACACGCAGAUCACAUGUGUUAACUCUUAUUUUCCAACUGUUCUCUUAAUUCACCCCUGGUUAUUUCCAUAUCAGACUUUUGGGGGACAGAACAUUUAUUGAUUAAGCAGAGUCAUUGAUUAAGUUGAUAGAUUUGACUCAAUGAGAAUAUACAGAUCUAGAUCUCCUAGUUCAGAAUGCAGUCGGAAGCAAACUGGACAGAAUUUCUCUCGCACAUUUGCUUAAACAGCAAUGACCUGUAUUGCAGGUUGUUUGCACAAAAUUAGUGCGCUGGAAAUGGAAUUGCUUAAAGGAAUGUAGAUGCUAACACUUUCAAAUAUAUAUAUAUAUGGAUGUUUUGAUAGGCCCCAACUCACAUCAUUCAACAAUGUCCUGUAUAUUUCUAUUAUGGAGAGGCAUAUCUUUGACUGGCUGUGUUUAUGAAGAGCCUUAUUGAUCAUUACUGUAAGAAUAACCAUUUAAAAGUUUCAGUUACUUGAUACUUUGCUCAGUAGGUUUUGACUGGUGCCUCAAGAAUAUUAUUUCAAGUUAAACUAAUGAACAUUUAUUUUGUUGCCAUUUACUUUUUGUAUUCGAAGUGUAAUUGAAUACUGUACUGAAACAUUGGGUGCUGUUUUUGGUGUUUUUCCAUUUAAGCAAUAAAGCUUUAAAAAAAA